AUGUCGUAUGAUCAACUCUCCACCCUCGAAUCUGGUCGUCAGCCCGGUGGCUACACGGACGACCCGGACUUCCAGACCCUUCAGUACGAACUCAAGAACAAACUGCAGAAGCUCUUGACAAGCAACCGAGAGCUUUCAAAGGGCGUCGGCUCGCUGGGCACCAAGAAGGACAAUCCUCGCCUGCGUGAGAGGGUGAACAAGGGCCUGGAAUCGACGCGCGAGCUGUGCAGGGAGAUUGGCCAGGGCGUCAAGAGAUUACAGACGUGGGAUGAUUUGACGAAGCAGCAAAAGUAUGAGCAAACCAAAGUAUCGAGCGACUUUCAGGCGGCGCUGCAAGAGUUUCAGGACCUGCAACGAAAGGCGCUGGACAAAGAAAAGGCCUCCGUCAGCGCUGCCCGCGCCGCGCACGAAUCCGAGUCGCACGGACAAGCCGCCGGCGGUACCCAGGAGCAGGAGCAGCAACAGCUUCUUCAGCAGCAAGAACUGUCCCAGCUGGCGCCGCAAGACGAGGUUGAUUUCCAGGAAAGCCUCAUCAUUGAGCGUGAAGAGGAGAUCCGAAACAUCGAACAAGGCGUGGCUGAUCUAAACCUGCUGUUUCGCAACGUCGCGCACAUUGUCGCCGAGCAGGAUGCAGGCAUCAUGACGCUGGCGGACAAUGUGGACAGAACGCACGAGCAUACCGCGCAGGCCGACAGAGAGACCAGACAAGCGGCGAGAUAUCAAAAGGCCGCGCGCAACAAGAGCUGCUGCUUACUUUUGAUUCUGGGCGUGAUUCUGACAAUAAUUAUCCUUGCCGUCGUUCUGGGGUGA